UACCCCUUUAAAGCCAAACAGGUUUUAGAAAAAACUUUGUGUAAAUUGUUUUCUAAGCAUCAUUCUAUUGGGGUUACGAAUAUUUGCAGUUCAUAAAAAUGUGGAAAAUUUAUCUGGAAGGGGGCACUUUUGUGCACCUGAACUUUGGUAUAGAUGUUUACACAGCGAUAAUUGUUUGAGUGAGAUGAGGGAAUUGGUAAUUAGGGAUGCGUUUCUCGGCAAUCUUUCCAUUUGUAUGAAUAUAUUCCUGUUAGUGCUAAAUAACGUGCAUCGCAGAGGAGCAAUUUUUAUCCCAGUGACAUGCUAUAUUAUCAUGAUUAUGAGGGAUGAUUGCUUAAUUGCAGAUCUAUAAUAAUAAAAAUUGCUUUGUGACAUUGAUCUGCGAUAAAUCAAAAAGGUUAGAUAAUUAUUGCAAGCGCACACAACUUAAAGGUACAUUGAUACAUCACAGCACCAGACGCCGUCCUGGGUGUAACUUUAAACUCUUCAGGCUAAAUAUCAUUAUUGGCGGCCUGUAAAACUAAAAGUCAGCGCGACAUUCUAGAAUCACCCUAUCUAAACCCAUUCCUCCUUUAAUGUCUGGUACCCCUGGCCUUUGCAGCUUGUACUUUAUGCCAGUGGGUUUCAUAUCUCUAUGGUGUGUGGACGUCUGCUGCUCCUUUAACGUCUGGUACCCAUGGCCUGUGCUGCAUGUACUUUGUGCCGGCAGGUUCUAUGUCUGGUGUGUGAGAUGCCCAAUGCAUUCAUGUUGAUUUUAUGCAAAACUCCAGACGUGUACAUCGCAGAAUUGAUUUUCUUGGCCUGUGUUGUCUGUGACAGUUAUAGAAUAACCAAACAGAUGCUUGUACCUCUGUCUGUGCAUCCCGCUGAAAUUUAUGAGGCCUCUACUGGGCUAGCUCCUGAAGGCAUUGAGAGGGCCUGGGCUAAGUAGCCAGAUGCUGUAUUUGAGGCCUGUUUAAUGGAGACUGGUUCGCCGGAAGAGCUUUCGGACUUGGAAGAUGUGGAUUUUGAUUGAGAGAUCUGACCAACACUGUCACUCAUCACCACGAGCCACAUGGGGCGCACCAUGCACCACAGCGUUGACGGGCCGAUUAAUACAAUCAGUAUCAACAAGGACGCCACAAAUGUUGUCGUUGCUGGCCGGAACGUUUUCAAGGUAUUCAGUAUUGACGACGAUGAGUUCGUUGAGAGACAUAAUUUCCGGGUCGGCAAGAAUUUGAAUUUAUCCUAUAGUGCGUUGGACGUGGCAUGGAAUCCGGUCGAAGAACACACCAUCGCAUCAGCGGCCACCAACGGAGCCGUUGUAGUCUGGAAUCUCAACAGGGCGUCCAGGUCAAAACAAGAUUGCGUUUUCGUCGAGCACAAACGGACGGUAAAUAAGGUAGCGUUCCAUCAGGAGGACGCUAACUUGUUACUCAGCGGCUCCCAAGAUGGCCUCAUGAAACUGUUUGAUAUUCGAAAGAAGGAAUCUGCGACGACGUUUUCCGGGCCGCAGCCUGAGAGCGUGCGCGACGUCCAGUUUAGUCCGCAUCACUACUUCAAGUUUGCAGCUGCUUACGAGAAUGGCAACGUACAGAUUUGGGAUAUUCGCCGUCCCGACAGAUGGGAGCGCCAGUUUCCAGCCCACAGUGGUCCGGUCUUCACCAUCGAUUGGCAUCCGGAGGAUAACUACUGGAUCGCAUCAGCAGGCAGAGAUAAGACAAUCAAGGUCUGGGAUCUCUCCCAGCCCCAGCGCCCACGUUGUACGCACACCGUACAAACCAUAGCCUCGGUGGCAAGAAUAAAAUGGCGUCCACAGCGUCGGUACCACAUCGCCAGCUGUGCGCUUCUCGUAGACUUCAACAUCAACAUCUGGGACAUCCGGCGACCGUUCAUACCCUUUGCAGCUUUCAACGAACACAAGGACGUCACAACAGGCAUCGUAUGGCGACACGACCCCCACAUAUUCCUGUCAGGCAGCAAAGAUAACACGCUGUAUCAACACAUGUUCCGCGAUGCUACCCGACCUGCGGAUCAGGCAAACCCAGUGGGCAUUGCGAUGAAUAAUUAUGGAUUUAUUGGCCAUGCAUGUAGUGAUAAACUCAUCGGACAUGGAGGUGCCAAAGGCAGCUCCAGUAAUUAUUCCUCGACCAAACUUCCAUCCUUCUUCCGAAAAGUUCCCGACCGGAGCGAACAGUUCACCGUCGUCAGUAGCACGUUAUUCAUGUUCGAACAUCGCCAUGAUGAAGACUUCUCGAUGAAUUGGUUGAUCGAGUCGGCCAAACGGUAUCAGCUGACGGGGAAGUCGCUGGAGGGUCUCUGUGACCAUAAUGCAGCGGUGGCAGAAAGUCUGGGCCGACACCAGAUUGCUCAAACCUGGCGGAUGCUGAAACUACUCUACUGUACGAAACUCUCAUCUCCAGCAACAAACAGGACAAUGUCGGUCCUCACCACAGCGGGGGAUAAGGGUAACGAUAAUGACAGGGAGAAGAGAAACUUGGAUGUUUCCCGCCAAGAUUCCAAGACGACAGAAUUAGACAGCAAAGACAAACAUGGUGUGGACACCUCUGGCGUCAGCGAUAGCUCUGAUGACGAUGAGACUGACCUAACCAAUAUCGCUAGCGGCCUGGCCCACCAGCAGGGCGAUUUCUUCUUCGGCGACGGUGAAGGAGCGGACAAUCCUUUCGGAUACGAUAACCUGACAGGAAUGGAGUUGUCAGAAGGGCCCGGAUUGGUCAUGGACUGGAAUCUCCCAACUGAAGCUUUUCAACCUCGUCACGAGAUCGUGGCUCAGUCAGUCUCACCACAACACACAGCAGACCGCCUCGGCGAUCGAGACUCGCCGUCUUCAGCCAACGAGAGCGACUUUAGUUCCCAUGUCAACAUGGAGGAGAAUGCAUUCCCGCGGUCCGAGUUGAUCAACGCUCGGCCGUUUGUGACUCAGAUGCCGGUGUGGCAGUGUACGGACAUUGUCGUGGAGAUGCUGUAUCAUUAUGCAAAACAGGGGGAUGUGCAAAUGGCUGUGUCUGUGAUAAUCAUCCUCGGUGAUAAGAUACGACCUCAUAUUGAGGAGCAGGCGUUAGAACAGUGGUUCAUGUCAUAUAUAGAUUUACUCUCGAGAUUCGAGCUUUAUUGCGUCGCAGCAGAAGUGAUCAAGUCGAGCGACCAUCCGUCAGUGAGCUCGCUCAAUCAGCAAUCGACAUCAUUCCACACGAACUGUGAUAAAUGCGGAAAACCGUUAAUAAAAGCCGGAUGGACGUGUGACCGGUGCAAGAAAAUGACAAAUCUUUGUAGCAUUUGCCAUCAUCCGGUGAAGGGUCUGUAUGUCUGGUGCCAGGGCUGCUCACACGGAGGACACUUGAACCACAUACAGGACUGGCUGAGUAAGAGUCCCUACUGCCCGACGGGCUGUGGCCAUAUGUGUGAAUACACGUGAGGGCAGAGACCGAAAUUCUGCGGACAAUUCAAAGGUGCUAUAAACUAGAAUGGAAUAUUCUUCUGCUGUUUCAAAAAUAAUGAGCUGUGUGAUGAAUUCAGGCUAACAAUGGACGAAGUAACACUGUUGUUGAACAUCAGUGUUGCAAGUUGAACAUCAGUGUUGCUUUUCGCAAGGAUUGGACAGUCCUUUUGAUAUUUUACUGUUAACAGUUUCAAAGCUGUUACUGUGUUCACUUUCACACCAUACUUAGAGAACACUGGUGAUCUCUUGAGAAACACUGGUGUUGUACUGUUGAUACCAUUAACUAGAACAUGAGAUCAUUGUAAUAUUGGAUCACUGAUGGUUCUCACAUUACAUUGGUGUUUCACCAAUCAGUAUAUAUUCAAGUCACUCUGGUGUUCUACCAUACAAUGAGAACACUGGUGGUCAUAUGAACAUUGGUGAUGCCAUCUAUGCCAUGCUCUGCGAUGAUGUGUACUUAAAGUUAUCUACAGGUGAACACUGGAACCAGGAGAACACUGUUGGAUAUAUGAUUGACACUGAUGGUGUUUUUAACGAGGACAGUUAUCGAUUGUGAUGCUCUUUUGGGGCCGAACUAAAUACAGACUAAGUUCCCUUCUCUUGUUCCCUUGAGUGAUAUUUUGAUCACUGUGGUUGGAAAUGAUUGCGAUUGUGGUAACUUCCAAGUUUCCUUGGCGAUUUAUAACAAGUUAAUUCUCCAUAAAAACACUGGUGUUUCCUUGACCAGGAGAUAGCUGUGUCUUGCUAGAUGGUAUCAAGAAGAGAUACUUGUUAGUCUUUUAUAAUAAAUCUGAUAAAAACCUUA